CGCUCCGCUCCGGCUGGCGGGCAGAAAGUGCGACUGGCUGGCGAGGGGAAGGUCUCCGCAGUGACACUGGAGUGGCCACAUAAAAGAGAGUGAAGAGGGGGCACAAACCCGGAUCAGGAUGCAGGCGACGUCCAAGCUACUCAAUCUGCUGCUGCUGGCUCUGCUGGCCGGGUUAGACCCUUCCAAGACUCAGAUUAGCCCCAAGGAAGGAUGGCAAGUGUACAGCUCGGCCCAGGACCCCGACGGGCGGUGCAUCUGCACGGUGGUCGCUCCCGAGCAAAACCUGUGUUCCCGGGACGCCAAAAGCAGGCAGCUCCGCCAACUGCUCGAGAAGGUUCAGAAUAUGUCCCAGUCAAUCGAAGUCUUAAAUCUGAGGACGCAGAGAGAUUUCCAAUACGUUCUAAAAAUGGAAACCCAGAUGAAAGGGCUGAAGGCCAAGUUCCGGCAGAUAGAAGAUGAUCGGAAGACACUGAUGACCAAGCAUUUUCAAGAGCUGAAGGAGAAGAUGGACGAGCUGCUGCCCUUGAUCCCUGUGCUGGAGCAGUACAAGACCGACGCCAGGCUCAUCACCCAGUUCAAGGAGGAGAUCCGGAACCUGUCUGCCGUCCUCACAGGGAUCCAGGAGGAGAUCGGGGCCUACGACUACGAGGAGCUGCACCAGCGGGUGCUCAGCUUGGAGACCCGGCUUCGCGACUGCAUGAAGAAACUGACAUGUGGCAAACUGAUGAAGAUCACAGGCCCGAUGACCAUCAAGACAUCUGGAACCCGAUUUGGUGCCUGGAUGACCGAUCCUUUAGCAUCGGAAAAAAAUAACCGAGUCUGGUACAUGGAUAGUUACACCAACAACAAAAUUGUCCGUGAGUACAAAUCAAUGGCGGACUUUGUCAGUGGGGCGGAGUCAAGGACAUACAACCUCCCUUUCAAGUGGGCAGGAACUAACCACGUGGUCUACAACGGCUCGCUCUAUUUCAACAAGUAUCAGAGUAAUAUCAUCAUCAAGUACAGCUUUGACCUGGGCCGAGUGCUCGCCCAGCGAAGCCUGGAGUACGCCGGCUUUCAAAACGUCUACCCCUACACGUGGGGGGGCUUCUCCGACAUCGACCUCAUGGCCGACGAAAUCGGGCUGUGGGCCGUGUAUGCGACUAACCAGAACGCGGGCAACAUUGUCAUCAGUCAGCUGAACCAAGACACCCUGGAGGUGACGAAGAGCUGGAACACCGGCUACCCCAAGCGGAGUGCAGGGGAGUCCUUCAUGAUCUGCGGGACGCUGUACGUCACCAACUCCCACUUAACUGGAGCCAAAGUGUAUUAUUCCUAUUCCACCAAAACCUCCACCUACGAGUACACGGACAUUCCCUUCCACAACCAAUACUUUCACAUCUCCAUGCUUGACUACAAUGCCAGGGAUAGAGCUCUUUACGCCUGGAACAAUGGCCACCAGGUCCUGUUCAACGUCACCCUCUUCCACAUCAUUAAGACGGAGGAUGACACAUAAGCCGAUGUCACUUGUUUUCAUCGGUCUCAACGCUGUCAUUUGUGAUAAACUCUAUAGGACCCCUCUUGUUUUUUUCCUUCGGUAUAACUUUCCACCAUUUCCCCAAAGCAUUUUUAUGAUCAAGUUGGCGUUUCAAACAGUAGCGGAGCCUGUCUAAGUUAACCUGGUGGAAACACACCUAAACUCCUACAUUCACAAGGCCUAUCACGUCCUUGUCAUGAAAAGCACUAAAAAGGCUUAUGUGGCUAAAGUCGUAGUUUUGCAAAAGAUUAAUGGUCUGCCUUAUAUUAGAGUCAGAGACUAAUGGUAGCUUAACUGCAUGAAUGUCUCUUUUUUUUGGUUUAACUCUGUCAUUUUUUUUUUUUUUUACUGUCUAGCUCCACAUCAGGAAACAUUCUAGUUGGAAUCAGAAAAAAAAAAGAAAAAGAAAAAGAAAAAACACGUUCUCCCUAUUCAUUUCUUUCAAAAGUAAGGGUUUUGUUUAUAUGGGAAAAUAAUAUGAAUCAUUUUGCGGUUCCUCAAUCUUCCAAUGCGGUGCUCUUCAGUCAUUUUUAAAUCUCUUGCUAACAUUUUAUUGGCAAUACGUCUUUCUACCAUUGCAAUCACCAUUGUGCAAUUGUGGCUCUUCACUUCUGUGAAAGUAAUAUUUUUAAUAAAAUACACUGAAGUUUAAUCUCAGUAAUUAUUAUGGAUCAAUUUUCCAGUGGGGUCAAGAAGGAAGUAUCUUCUCACCUUACCCCAUUACAUAGUAUUUAUUAUAAGCUAAAGAGAAAAUCAAACCAGGUCCCUUACAUAGAGUCUUUCUUUUACCCCAUAUUUUCUGACCCCCUGACACAGAAUGUGAGACAGAUUUAGCCCAGAGAAUUCCUCUGUCCUCCCAGCUGAAGGCAACCCUCAGAGAGGCUUGCAAAGUUGCAGCUGAGUCACAAAAACCGGAUUUGAGUUGACUGUGCUUCAUACAGCCAAACAAAGUCUGUUCUUCCUUUAAAAUAUGAAUGUGUUAUCACACAACUUGCAAAACUAAUGUAGUUCCUUGUGUCAGGACUCUAAAAGUACAGGAAGCACCUAUGAAGAGUCUUAAACAAAUUUCUGCAAAGUCACCUAGAUUUACGUUAUAAACUCUGGGGAGUUAUUGGCAAGAUUUGUCCAAAAGAAAAUGAUGGGAAUCCUUGGGAGCUGUCUGGGUGGUUUAGAUGUGCCAAUAAGCAGUUUGGAAAGCAACUCCUGGUUUCCCUGAUUCAUAGUGUGUGCAGAAAAAAGGUAACCAAAAAAGACAGCUUUAAUAACAUUUUAUGUUCAUUAUUCCAAAAACAUAUAAUCAAUAUAUUUCAAACACAUCAUUGAAUUUGGAUGUACUUUCCAUAUAUUAAAAAUACUUACCUAAUGCAGUUUUACAGAAACGAGUAUGGGUUGGUUUUAUAAUUUAAAAAGUAGAGAAUAUAAUAAAUAAUAUAUAACUUAAAUCGGUGUAAAUGUUUUACACAUACAUCAUAUUGUAAUUUCCUUUGUAAAGUAAGGCUGUAACAAUUCAGAUAAAGCAUUGUGUAAAGAAAUGCUAAUACUUAAGAGUAAUUCAUUUCAGCUGUCACAGUAAAAACAUCAUCCUCAAAUAGCUCACUGUCAAAAAGGUAGGAGUAAAUAAUCCAGUCUUGAAAACGUUCAAGUUUAGCAAAAAUUGCGCUCUCUCUGUCUCUCUCUCGCCUCUUGGGUGCUGUUGCAAUGUCGUCUCUCUUCUCUUUGAAAACAUUCACCUAACUUCUCCUCUGCUCUUGAGCAUUAGAAAAUGUAGGGGACCCACUUGUCAUUGUACGCACCACAAAAUUCAUCAGCCAAUGCUGUGCAUAUCAAGAGUUUGUAUGAAGAGCAGAAAGUCACCUUCAGAAAUGAGUUUCUAAGUCGAUGGCCUCCCAUGAAUAGCUGGAUCGUCAUUACUUGCUUUUUUUAAAUGUCGUCGCGCCAUGUACAUUCAAAGCCGGAUGCCGCCGCUUCUGUGAGAUGUGCAGCUUGCAAAGCACUUCCUCGUCUCCCGUGUGAGGUUUCGUCGCCGUCUCGACUCGCGAGCCAUGCUCCCCAGCGAGCCCUGACUUCAUGCCCGUCACUGGAACUAGCGCCCUAGUAAAGUGUGACUUGCAUUCAACAGUUACUGUUUAAAAGCGUUUUUCUUAAUAAGUUAUCAGU